CACAGAGCACGUCUUUCAAACCGCCGAAGAAAACGGAACUGGUUCAACUGAAGUGGUAGCUUGCAACUUUAACUCUUGUUAAACUGAAUAUUUUGACGUUCGUCUGUAUGCAUUUGUAUUUCAUUUAGGCCGCUACCGACUAUUUAACGUGUAGUUGUUUUACAACGUUUACUAAAUCAGCCGGCAGACCCGUUAGCUAACUUGCUAGUUUCCCCGGUUUUUUUUAGCUUUAGCUCGUUUUGUGUCGUCAUGUCUGGCGUUGGUGUGAUCAGAGGACCCGCGGGGAGCAACGACUGUCGGAUCUACGUUGGAAAUCUCCCUCCUGAUAUCCGCUCAAAGGAUGUUGAAGAUCUUUUUUACAAGUAUGGGGCCAUUCGUGAUAUAGACCUGAAAAACCGGAGAGGGGGACCACCGUUUGCCUUCGUGCAGUUCGAGGACCCGAGGGAUGCAGAAGACGCGGUGUAUGGCCGAGACGGUUAUGACUAUGAUGGCUACCGCCUGCGGGUUGAGUUUCCUAGAAGUGGUAGGGGCGGCGGCGGUGGUGGAGGUGGUGGCGGUGGUGGUUCAGCAGGACCCCCAAGGGGAAGGUAUGGGCCCCCGUCCCGACGCUCCGAAAACAGGGUUGUUGUGUCAGGUCUUCCCCCAAGUGGAAGCUGGCAGGACCUGAAGGAUCACAUGCGUGAGGCAGGUGAUGUAUGUUAUGCUGAUGUGUACCGUGAUGGCACUGGAGUGGUGGAGUUUGUGCGCAAGGAAGACAUGACCUACGCUGUCCGUAAACUGGACAACACCAAGUUUCGCUCCCAUGAGGGAGAGACGGCCUACAUUCGUGUGAAGACGGACGGUCCCCGCAGUCCCAGCUAUGGCCGUUCCCGCUCUCGCAGCCGGAGUCGCAGCCGCAGCCGCAGCCGCAGUCGGAGCAAGAGCGCGUCACGCAGCUGCUCUCCUCGUAACAGCAGAGCGUCUCCACGUUACUCUCCUCGGCGCUCUCGCUCUCGCACCUAGGACACCUGACCAGAAUUAGAGUAAUGGUGUACCUCAGAGAUGGAUGGAAAAGAACUCUUCGCUUCAGUUACAAUAACAUCACUUCUUCUGUCAAUCCUGUAUGUUCAUCGUAACUCUCCUUGCGUUGGUUGUUUACACUGUAGCUUUUGUUUGCUUUCUCCACACUUUUUUUUUUGUUCUUUUUUUUAGUCGGGUUUGUGAACAUGGCUUUGUUUUUGUUUUCUCAUACUUCCUUCUCCCAUUUCCAUAAGAAUGUUUAUGCUAAUCACUGUUCUCUCUUCUCUAUGCUGUGUGUGCUUUUCACUUGUUUGCUAAGCUUUUCCUUCUAAUUAUAAGAUGUUGUCCCUUGACCCUCUUGUGUGUCUCUCUGUAGAGUUCAGAGGAGAAGGAUAGCAUGGAAACAAACGAAAGAGUUCAUAUUAAGAUAAACAGGAGGAGGAGGAGUCAAAUAUGGCACCAAUGGUAUGAUGACUGUGCCUUGUCAUGAAAUCUGAAUUAUAAAGCAGUUUUUAUAAACGUACAGUUGAGAGCAGUUGUGUUUGCAGUGAUGACAUGUUCUUAUUUGUAUAGAUGCAAAGUUGUUUUACUAUUUCUCAUUUCAUGGUAUCCAAAGUAAGUUGUAGUUUAUGGUUUAAAUCCUACAGGGUGACUUUUUUUUUCUAAACACUCUUGUAGAUGCAUUUGUUGACUUAAAAGUAGUGCGAAGGUGUGAUUCUAACUUGCCUCCUUCUCUUUGGUUCUGCUGGUGUUCUGAAGGUUUUCACUAAGGCUCAUUGCCCUCCCAUUCCGGAGCUGGAUCAGGAUUAAGGAUCAAAUCUGGAUUAGGAUUAGGGUGGAUACAUGGAGCAGGAGCAUGGGAGCAUUUUACCGGGAGAGGAUCCCGACCCCUGGCCCUGUCUACGUAACUCCAUCAAAGUGGAAAUGUAGUAAAAUAUUCAAACUCAAUUGGCUUUCAGUUAAUCAAAACUUCCUCCACUUUGUGUGGACAGCAGAGAGACAGUUACGGAUGGCACCGGGAUGAGAAUUUAUUUUUCCAGUUUUUGCUUCUCGCACAGUAGUAAUGAAGAGCUUGGAUCGAAACCAAGAGGAGGGCAGGGAGGUGCAGGAUGGAUCCAGACAUAAGGAGGGUGGUUAAUAGUGGGUAUACGCUGACAGAAGUUGAGGGGGAUCAAAAAGAGGCCUGGGGGAUGAUGUGGAAAUGUGACUGUAGUGUGGUUUGUAUCUUUUUUUUUCCAAAGAAUCGUACAUCUCAAAGCUUUAUUCUGUUUUAAUAAAAACUUAGCAUGGCAUAA